CUAAACUGUAAACAAGACAUCAAGUAUAGGUCGUCUGCUGUUGGUAAAGUUUUUAGAGGAGUUACAUUAUUAAUGGAAUUGUUCAAUAAGCGCUCGUGAUUUACUUUUCAAAACAAUUCGUGUUGGAUAUGGAAUCCACAGGAGAGAAAGAGGCAGUCCCACUGUGCAGCAGAAUAGACAUCAAAGAAGAGCCAAUAUCAGCCGACCCAUAUGAGCAGCCAGAAACUGAAGAGUUCUAUAUUGAAGAAGGAAAUAAAGUGGAAAUUUCUGAAGAUGAUGAUGUGUAUGAGCCAAUAAAGGUGAAGAAAGAGGCAUGUCUGUCAGAGGAAGAAACCACAUCUCCACUUGAUGCGGCUCACAUAAAAAAGGAACCUGAGCUACAAAUCGAAGUGGAGCCAACAAAUUGUGGCAGUGACCAAGAGAGUAAUAUACCUCCUGGCGUGGGAACGGACGGCAAUGGCAGUGGCGGUUCCCUAGAACGCACCACCAAGCAGGAAGCCUUCUGUGAGCAUGAAAGCGAUGCUCAGCAUCUCGCCCGCAGCUGCAACAUCUGCAGAAAGACACCUCUGCACCUGAGGGACCCGAAGGAGCAUAAACAGGUGACCAACGGUCUAAAUUCGUUCGCGUGCAGUGUGUGUCACAAAAGGUUCAAAGGAAGAGAACACCUGAAGAAGCACUCCCUCCUGCACAGCGAGCGCCCAUAUAAAUGUGAUGUGUGCGACAAGGCGUUUAGACACUGCGGCACGCUGAAGAUGCACUCGCGGCGACACGCGAUGGAACGUCCCUACGUCUGUGAAGUGUGCCACAAGGCGUUCAAGGUGUUCGGCAGCUUCGAGAGUCACUCACGUCUGCACGCGACCGAAUGUGUGUACUGCUGUAAAGUGUGUCACAAAACGUUCAGGUGUCUCGGCAACACGAAGAGGCACGAGUGCGUGCCCAGGAGCGAACGUCCAUACGUGUGUUCCGUGUGUCACAAAAAGUUCAAAACUGCUCGUGAGUGGAGGAGACAUUCACAAGUGCACAAACGCGAACGCCCGUGUAUUAGAAACGUGUGUCGUAAGAAAUUCACAGGCAGCAACGCCCUUAAGAAGCAGCCCACUGUGCGCGUGAAUAGAGGCCCCCAGACCUGUGACGUAUGUCAGAGGAUAUUCCCGUGCAGGAGCAAACUGAGGGAACAUUCCAGAGUGCACACCGGCGAACGUCCGUUCAGUUGCGACGUCUGCCCCAAGGCAUUCAAGCGACGGUCUUGCCUGAAGCGACACAUGGGAGUGCACAGACUCUAACGGCCUUAUGACUGUGUUGGGUGCUGUAAGACGUUAAAGACUAGAUGUGGCUUUAAGACGCGUGGAAUCUCAUGUCCUUAGACUACUCUUAUGACCGCCUGUGCUGGAAGGGCUAAGUGUUUCUGCAACUUGUCAGUUGGAAUCCUCCGGUGCUGCACCUGUGCUAGGAUGAAACGUCAGCUGUGUCAUCGCUGUGACCGUGGUUGUAACAUAGCUAUAUGAAUGCGUCGUGUUUAUUGCUCAUCGAGGCGAAUCAAUUAUAUGACGUUGUAGUUUCUGUUAUUUCGGACAUGUCGGAAAGAACAGACACCACGCAAUCAUAAUAAUACAGGGUGUAUCAAACAGAAUCAUCCGAUUUGGAACGCCUAUACAGGGUGU